AAGGAGAAGCGUUCGCUCAGCAGUGGCAAGGGAGAUAUUACCACCACCACCACCACCAGCACCACCACCACCACUUACAACGAAGGCCUUUCUCCCAUCGAGAGGCACAUCUCAGCAGCGAAUCAACAAGAAGCGCAAGAGAAGUGAACCAUGGCGAAGUCGCUCCGAGCAUCCUCCAAGGUCAAAGCGCGCAAUGCGAGACGAUACAACGACAAGACAGACUAUGCGGUGACGCACGCUGCGCGCCUGAACGCCAUCAGCAGCCGCCUGGCGCAGCGCGUGGCGGCAAAGGAAGACGCUGAGGAACAGGCCUCGAAGGCUGAGGACGAGAUGGAGACGGAGGGCCAGGAUGCGUCCGCAGCAGCAGCAGCAGCGGGAGACAAUGACCAAGGUUGGUACCGGUUGAGCUCCCCGCUCUGUUCCUUUUCACAGAUCGAGCAGCAGCAGCAGCAGCAGAAAAAAGAAAGGGGAGGAGAUGUUGAUGCGUUGCUUCUGGGGCUGGUGGACCCCGACUCGAUUGGGUUCUCAGACUCGGAGUCAGAGGCGUCCUCUGAUUCCUCCGAGGAAGACAGGCUGUCUUGGCUGUGGGAGCAGCAAGAUCUUCAGUGAUUUGGUUUCAAAGAUCACUGACUCCCUUCUCUUCUCCCUUUUUUCUCUGCCUUCUUCACCCCUUUUCCCUUUACCACCCGUCAUCGUGCCUUUUCCUCUCAUUUUGUUUCCUAUCGCUCGACGCAUCGACGCAUCGAUGCCACAACACAAACAGAAGCCAAGCCAAAGAUCAGCACCUCGGGCACACGGCAGAACCGUCGCGAGACGUGGCGCAAGGAAAAGGGCUGGAAGCCCAAGAAGGGAACGAACAACAACGGUCGUCCCAAGCGAAGGAGAUGAUCAUGUGCUCACUCUUCUUUUUGCCUCUCUCUUCUCACUUGCUUGUACUUGUACGCGCUCACAACACACACACUCCAUGAUGAACCUCUAUCGCUAGUAAUACCAUUGCUUUCUACUU